AUGGAUUGGCUCUCUACCAAUCGCAUUCUUAUAGAUUGUCGUGAGAAGAAGCUGCUUUUCCCCAACGUAGAGGAGCCUGCGUUGUUAACAUCUCAGGGAGUUGAGAAAGAACUGCAAGGGGGUGCAUACUGUUACAUAAGCUUCACACAUCUAGAGGUGAAGAAAGAGGAGAGGACGUUCGUCAUACCAGUCGUGCAUGAAUUUGAGGACGUAUUCCCGACGGAAGUGCCAGGUUUACCUCCUAGUAGAGAAGUGGAAUUCUCUAUUGACCUGGUACCGGGAACCGACCUAGUGUCGAUGGCCCCUUAUCGGAUGACGCCGACAGAGUUGGUGGAACUCAAGAGUCAGAUUGAGGAGCUUUUGGGAAAACAGUUCAUAUGA